CUCCUGGCGCCCUCAUGGGACACAGCACCACCAUGACCCUCGUUCAGGCUCUGACCAGAGUCCCCCACCCUAAGCUGUGCCACCCUUACCAGGCCCAGCCCUGAAGACACCAUGAGUGGGGCUUCCUGCCUCGGGGUGUUGGUCCUACUGCUGCUGGGAGCUGCUGGGACAGCGACGCGGGAGUCCGCAGACUGCGGGCAGCCCCAGGUGUCGAGUCGGAUCGUGGGAGGCCGGGACGCCCGGGUCGGACAGUGGCCGUGGCAGGCGAGCAUCCAGCACCGCGGGGCGCACGUGUGCGGGGGUUCGCUCAUCGCCCCGCAGUGGGUGCUGACCGCGGCGCACUGCUUGCCCAGGCCUACGCUGCUGUCCGAGUACCGCGUGCUUCUGGGGGCGCUGCGCCUGGUCCCUGCCUCGCCCCGCGCGCUCUCGGCGCCCGUGCGCAGGGUGCUCCUGCCCCCCGACUUCUCCGAGGACGGCGCCCGCGGCGACCUGGCGCUGCUGCAGCUACGCCGCCCGGUGCCCCUGAGCGCCCGCGUCCAGCCCGUGUGCCUGCCCGAGCCCGGGGCCCGCCCGCCCACCGGCACACCGUGCUGGGUCACCGGCUGGGGCAGCCUGCACCCGGGAGGUGAGGCCGGGGGCGGGGACGCCUCUCCAUCACCCUCUGACGGGAACCCCAGCCCCGCGCUGUCCCUGUCCGGGACUCGGCGCGACCUCUGGGGAGAUGCUCCCUGUUUGUCCUCCUCCCAGUCAGACGGCGAGUCGUGCCUGGCCCGCCGGGUCAGGCUCGUCAGCCCUGGUCUCUCCCAGCUCUCAGAAGUCCUCCUCCCACCCCCUGCCCCGACCCCAGUGCCACUUCCAGACUGGCGACCUCUGCAGGGAGUGAGGGUACCACUGCUGGACAGGCGCACCUGUGACCGUCUGUACCACGUGGGCACCGACGUGCCCAGCACUGAGCACAUCGUGCUGCCAGGAAACCUGUGUGCGGGCUACGUCCAGGGCCACAAAGACGCCUGUCAGGGUGACUCUGGGGGACCCCUGACCUGCAUGAGAUCUGGGCGCUGGGUUCUGGUGGGCGUGGUGAGCUGGGGCAAGGGCUGUGCCCUGCCCAACCGUCCAGGGGUCUACACCAAUGUGGCCACUUACAGCCCCUGGAUUCAGGCUCGCCUUAGCCUCUAACGCAGUCACACUGACCUGGAGCCAGAGGCUGGGGUCCCUCUGAGGACCUGCGCAGUCCCCCCGCCUUGCACCUCCGACUUGAGGCUCACGGGUGGUAUCAUCCACCUGUCCAUCCCUGUCUCCUCUGUAGGGCCCACCAAGCCCUAGCCACCAGCCCUCCUCCAGGAGCCUCCCGUGGGGUGGA